CCGGAGAAUAAAACAGGAGGAACACGGAGAGCUGAUGGAAGAGAACGAGGAGAGUGAAGAAAUGAGUGAAGUGGAGGAGAAACAUCAUGACGAACCUGGAGAGGAACCUUUGAGACGCUCAAAGACUAAAAAUACAUUUUUAAAGGAAAGGAGAGCCAAGAAAUCUUUCACCUGCAAUCAGUGUGGAAAGAGUUUCACAGCCAAACAAAGUCUUAAACUUCACAUGAGAAUCCACACUGGAGAAAGACCAUUCACAUGUGAUCAGUGUGGAAAGAACUUUAUGCAAAAAAGUAAUCUUAAUGUUCACAUGAGAGUCCACACCGGAGAGAAGCCGUUCACAUGUGAUCAAUGUGGAAAAACAUUUAUUUGGGCAUCAAACCUGAAGGAACACCUGACAGUUCAUACGAAGGAAAAACCGCAUUCAUGUUCCGUUUGUGGAAAGAGUUUUUCACUGCUGCAAAAUUUACAUAAACAUGAGAAAAUUCAUACUGGUGUGAGAGAGUACAUGUGCUUUGAGUGUGGGAAGACUUUUUUCGUUGCAAACAGUUUAAAACGGCACCAGAUGAUUCACACUGGAGAAAAACCUUAUAAGUGUUCACACUGUGACAAGAGAUUCAAUCGGUCAGGAACUCUGAAACUACAUGAGAGGAUUCACAGUGGAAAGAGUUUCACAGCCAAACAAAGUCUUAAACUUCACAUGAGAAUCCACACUGGAGAAAGACCAUUCACAUGUGAUCAGUGUGGAAAGAACUUUAUGCAAAAAAGUAAUCUUAAUGUUCACAUGAGAGUCCACACCGGAGAGAAGCCGUUCACAUGUGAUCAAUGUGGAAAAACAUUUAUUUGGGCAUCAAACCUGAAGGAACACCUGACAGUUCAUACGAAGGAAAAACCGCAUUCAUGUUCCGUUUGUGGAAAGAGUUUUUCACUGCUGCAAAAUUUACAUAAACAUGAGAAAAUUCAUACUGGUGUGAGAGAGUACAUGUGCUUUGAGUGUGGGAAGACUUUUUUCGUUGCAAACAGUUUAAAACGGCACCAGAUGAUUCACACUGGAGAAAAACCUUUUAAGUGUUCACACUGUGACAAGAGAUUCAAUCGGUCAGGAACCCUGAAACUACAUGAGAGGAUUCACACUGGAGAGAAACCGUACACAUCUGAUCAGUGCGAAACGAGUUUCACUAUUAAAAGUCACAUGAAGAUCCAUGCAGUGGAGAAAGCAGAUCAGCACAGUCUGAAAUCACAAGUUGAAGAAAGUGAGGAGAAUGAAGAAUUAAGUGAAUUUGAGGUAACAAAUCAUGUUAAAACUGGAGAAAAACCUUUGAGUUGCUUUCAAACCAAACAGAAACAUUUAAAGAAAAGA